CCUAAAACAACAACAACCAUCAUGGCUGCCAGAGCAGUGUUUCAGCGUUGGCAAUCCCUGCAGCCUUUGCUGAGUACAUCUAGACAGACAGCGGCCAUUACAAAUGCUCCAUGCAAGCAGCUUAUCACAAAAAAGCAGGAAGAUGAUAAAAACAAAAACAAUUACAUGAUUGUACCAUACCGAGAACACAUGAACCCUGUAAAGACGACCAUGAAGUCUCCCUCACCUUUUAAGGCGAGCAUUAAGGACAACAAGCUGGACUUUGCUUUAGCCAGAGUAGAUGAUCUUGUCAACUGGUCUCGGAAGGGCUCCAUUUGGCCACUGACAUUUGGUCUGGCAUGUUGCGCUAUCGAGAUGAUGCACUUCGCAGCUCCACGCUAUGACAUGGACCGUCUGGGCACAGUGUUUCGGGCCACGCCCCGACAGGCUGACUGUAUUAUUGUUGCUGGAACUGUCACUAACAAGAUGGCACCAGCAUUAAGAAGGAUCUAUGACCAGAUGUUGGACCCCAAGUGGGUCAUCUCGAUGGGGAGCUGUGCCAACGGCGGAGGCUACUACCACUACUCGUACUCCGUGCUGAGGGGCUGCAAUAGGGUUAUACCGGUCGACAUCUAUGUACCAGGUUGCCCUCCAUCGGCGGAGGCACUGAUAUAUGCCGUUCUUCAGCUGCAGAAGAAAAUCAAGACCAUGAAUUUCGCCCAGUCCUACUACCGCUUGUAAUUCUCUUAAUGUGGACAAUAAUGUGGACAUGUUUUACGCAGUUUGGAUAUGUUGCUUCCUAAUAAAGAAGUGAAAUUUGUUUUUUUUAAGCUGAUUUUUGUAUGUGUAUAACCCAGUGUUAGGUUUGAUUUCUAGUAGUCUCAGCGCCAUUUAAGAACAAUAUUUUUACACAUGAAUGUCUCUAACCGUUGUUCGUUUUAAUAUGUUUUUUUUUUACAUACCAUUAACAAUGGGAGUGCUAAGAUUUAAUUCCUAAUUGCAAACAUGUUUGUCAUUAAACAAAACUUAGAAAUCAGAUUAAAGCAAUAGAAUAGCAAUUCGAGACCCACAAGGGGAACUUUCUCAUGACCUCUGAAAAUGGACACCAAGGGCCAUGAUUACAAACAGUCUCAAGUCUGAGUUUAGACUCAAGUGGCAAAACUGCAUUUCUUCAUUUCAUUGUAAACUUCUUUCUAGUUGAGUUUUGCUUGUUUUUAUUACUAUUUGAAUUGUGCAAGUAUUCACAUUUUUAUAAAAGAAGGGAAUAAAGAUGGGUUUUUUGUAAUUUGAUAAAAGUUUCUGAGUCGGAGUCUAAACGUGAACUUGACUGUUCCUAAUCACAGCCCCAGUACUGGUUCCUAUCCAGGAAAAGUGUUUCUAAAAGCUUAUGGCUUACAGUCACAAUCAAGCUAAAGAAAUUAGUAAUGAACUAAAGCAAGUAAACUCAAAACAUAUGAUAGCUUUCUUUGAAAAUGAGAACUGACAAUAUGGUACAUUUAGAUAUACAUGUCUCAGACCAUUAUGAAUUAAAAAAAUUUAGAAUGUAAUACUAGUAAACCACAUUAUGUUAAAACAUUUAUUUUCUAUUGUUUAUCUCUAGUUUUGUUGAAACAUUUGUAAGAUUUAUAAAAGAUGUAUUAUAAAGUGA